CCCGGCCAAUGGGGCGCGAGUGGGCGGGACCCCGGGCCCAGCUACGCACGCGUCGCUGUGCUGGAGAAGAAGGGGAUUCUGGAAGCCAUUACGCUGCGCAGCGCACUUGAGUAAAUCCUCCGGUUUUACGCACAAUACGCACAGAGGAGGCGGCGAUGGCGUUAGCCGCCAAGAAGCGGAAGAUGAACUUCUCGGAGCGGGAGGUGGAGAUCAUCGUGGAGGAGAUCGAGCGCCACAAACACACGCUGGUGAACCACUUUAACGCUGGAGUCACGCACAUGGCGAAGAACAACGCGUGGCUGGAGAUCCUGAAGAAGGUGAACAGCGUCACCACCUGCCCCCGAGAGCUGUCCGAGGUCAAGAAGAAGUGGUCCGACAUGAAGACCGAGGUCCGCAGGAAGGUGGCGCAGGCGAGGGCGGCCAUCGAGGGCACGUCCGCGGACUGCACUCCAGUUCCCGUCAUCCUUAGCGCCAUGCAGCAGCGCAUCUGCAACCUGCUGGGGGAGGCGACCAUCAUCAGUCUAUCCGCAGGGGACACGGACAUCAGUCUGCACGGGGCCGUGCACAGCGACACCAGCGUCCCCCUGGCGGAGGCUCUUCCUGCUGCUUCAGCGACCGUCUGUGACGAAGCGAAGCCUCUGAACACUGAAACCACGUAUUGCACGUUAGAGGACGGCGGCGUGGUGGAGUACUGCACCACCACUGUGAGUGACUCCGCCCCCACUGUGGUGGCAGCCGUCGAGGCUCCUGUAGAGAUGCUGGCCUCGUCCUCUUCCUCCCCGCCGCCUCCUCCUCAGGCCCAGGCCAAACCUCAGGAGCUGAAGAGCCGCAUCGCCCUCAACUCCGCCCGCCUGCUGCAGGAGCAACGCGUCACCAACGUGCACAUCCGGCAGAUCGCCCAGCACCUGGAGGGCCAGAACGAGCUGCUGCACAUGAUGCGGCGCUCGCAGGAGGCGCAGGCGUUCGCACAGGAGAGACAGGCCCAGGCGCUGGAGGGGACGCAGGCCGCCCUGCUGGCGCUGGUGCAGAUGCUCAGACCGGUUCUGAAAGACCUUCGCAAAUUCCUGCAGAGCGGGACGGAGGUCGAAAACACCAGCGGCUCCGCAAUAGCAAUGACUGAUGGGUCAGGACCAGAAGAACAAAACAGACCUAAAACUCCACCUGCACCUCCGCCACAGCAAACUGAGGAGACGCAGUAGACUCUGUGUGUGUGUGUGUGUGUGUGUGUGUGUGUGUGUGUGUGUGUGUGUGUGUGUGUGUGUGUGUGUGUGUGUGUGUGUGUGUGUGUGUGUGUGUGUGUGUGUGUGUGUGUGUGUGUGUGUGUGUGUGUGUGUUCAGCGGACAAUGAAAAGCUCAGAAUUGCCUUCAGGAGCAUGUACAGUUUUUUUACUGAUGUUUUACGAUUCUGAAAAGUAAAAGGUUAUGUUGAA